AGAACUCCUUGUUUCACAGAGAGAAGCUUGUGGGGUUCUGAAAGAUAAUGAAUACCUAUUUGCACGACCAGGGGCCAUGACACACUUCCGAGGAUCGGAUUGUUUCCGUUCGUUUGCACAGCAAUGUGGUGCUGCAUGUCCCAGGUCACUGACAUCGACCAAGCUGAGAAAGCAUGCCGCAACCUUGUCAACAGUGCUAAACAUGACAAACACAGAAAUGGACCAAUUGGCCAAUUUUCUCGGCCAUGACAUUAGAGUCCACAGAGAGUAUUAUCGGCUGCCUGAGAAGACUUUGCAACUUGCCAAAGUCAGCAAACUCCUUGUGGCUCUCGAACAGGGUAGAAUGGCUGAAUUCAGUGGGAAAAGUCUGGAUGAAGUUGAGAUUGACCCAGAUGAAAAACUUCUGGACAGUGAUGAUGACACCAUGCAUACAGGACACCUAAAUGAUGAUGGACUACUAACAGAGGAGACACAUCCCCCUCCUGAGAGGAUUGAAACACCAUUGCUAUCACGAGAGGGACACUCAUCUUCUUCAUCGGGUGAUGAGAUGUCAUCAGCAGUCGGUGCUGAGAAACCUUCCUCAAAAGGAGCAGACCAAGAUGAAACAAUGAGUGAUGACAUACCACACAAGAGACCCAAAACACAUAGGAGGCACGAACCCCCAUCAUUAGAUGGGGUCCGUGCAAGGGCCAGUGCUAAGAAGUCCUCCGCUGAAGGUAAACUGGACUGUGAAAAGUGUUUAAGGGCUGAACCAGAAGCCCUGAAGAACCGGGACUGGCGGAAUCUCAAAUUUUACAUUUACAACCGCAUUUCAGCAUCUAAAAGGAAAUUGCAAUGUAAAUAG